UCAUUCUUGUUUAAAGAUGAUUGAAAGAGUAGGGUUUCUGUAUCUCUUGUUAACAUUGGGGGUGCGCAAUACCAAGGAAUAUGGUGGUGAUAAGAAAGGUAAUAGAACUAACCCUGAAUCAUCUCAGAAUGCUUCCUCUUGCUCAAAGGAUAUCAAAAUCUACAGUCCCACACCAGAAAUUACCAUUGGAGCAAACGUGACAGUGGUGUGCUACUGGGAGACAGACCAUUGUCUGCCAAUUAAUUACACCUUAUUUUUAAACAAAGGAAGAGUGCAAGGUCCUGUACUACAGAGCACGAAGGAACAAAAAGUUUUAUUUAACACCACAAUCCAUUCCAACAGUCAACUGGGUCCGUAUAAGUGCAAAGCUGGCUACAUGCGUGAGGAAGCAUAUGGCCCAGGUUUCAAUUUUACAUUAAAAGCAACAAAAAAGAAUCUAGCUCUUUUCAUUGUGCUUCCUCUCAUUCUCCUGCUGCUAUUGAUUGCAGCAGUUGUCACAAUUCGACUAUUGAUCUUUCCUUGGUGUAAGGCAAGGAAACUCAAAUCAGCUGAUAUUUGCACUGCAUAUAAUGAGACUGAUUAUGAAACUGCUGACUAUUGCAAUUUGAAAAUGAAAACCAAGACAGAUGACAGAAACGUGAAUGACUAUGAAGACAGUACCAUAACCUAUGCAGAAGUCAUCUGUAAAUGAGAGUGAUUCUUUUAUACAACAAGGAUGAACGUUUAAAUUAUUCUUUAGUUCCAUAUUAUUUUUAUCACUCUUUAUCUGUACAACACAGCAGGCAAUCCAACAUCAGAAUACGUAUCUGAACACUGAUGCAGUCCCCAGAAUCUCAUUUUUCACCAUGCUAAAAAAUGUUGGUGGCAAACAAGUUUUGAACCAUUCUAGUUCAUUUUCAAGAUUACAGUAAGAGAAAGAUAAUGAAAAAUAAAAAAAAUGUGCAAGAUAUAUACAAUUCAGAACUAUUUUUGGAAUAGUUGACUCCCAGAAGAAUGCCAUGAUGGAAAUUGAGGCAAGAAUAUCUAAAUAUCUACAAUCAGACUUUUUUAGACUGGUGCAGGCUUCCUUCCUAGGCUCUGACUGGUAGAAGGCCUUAUUGUUGUUGAAAAUGGGCAAAAAAACCCAAAACCAAUUUGAUAAAGUAUGGGCUUAAAUGGUCCUCCUUGAGAUGAUAAUUUCCCUUAACAUAUCCAUCCCAAUUUCUAUUUAAAUCCAAAUUACAGGCAAAACCAAUAUUGAACCUUUGAAAUAUUUUUUUUAAAAAACAAGAUCUUAAGCUUGGAAAUGGAAUGUUAACAUAUUUCUGUUUAUGUUAGACAUAGUUCUGUAAUAUUAUAAACUCACCAUUGUAACUAGUUCUACACAUGCAAGAUUUUGUCUGCUUUACCUUCCCAUCUCAUAUGGAAAAAAA